AUGUGUGACAAGGAUAACGGUCGCGUGAUUGUUCAAAACCAGGAACAAGCAGUUUUGAAUAACUCAACAACGAGACUUCUUUCUGAUACUAAUUCAUGGGAUUCUAAGUUUAUUGAAAUUUCGGAAAGCAAAACAAAACGAAAUCCAAAGACGUAUACCUUUAUUGAUAUUAAGCACCUCCCACCUCGUUACUCUCAGAUCAUUAAGAAUCAAAGUAAAUACAUCAGAAAAUACCGUUCUUUGUAUUUAAAGAAAAUUGAAGAUUCAGAAAAACUAGGUUAUCAAAUUGUUUCCCAAUGUGAUGUGUGUCACAAGAUUCCGGAAGAUCUGUCGAAUAUGCGUAAACAUAUGAACCGCCAUCCUACAAUAGCUUUGAGCAAUUUCUUUUUGGCUAGGACUAUGAAGAGAGAUAUUUUUAGAUGCUUAACAAUUAAACAAGCGAUCUCUAAGUCUGAUUUUGGAGAAAUGACUUCAAUAAGAAAGACUUUUAUAGAUAGCUCAUCUACCAUCUGGAUAAACAUUUUGUUCCUUUUUCCACCGUUGAAAAUGAAAGUUACAAAAUAUUCCUAA